AUGGCGGAAAUGGAAUCAUCUUCGACGAGUGCGGACACAGCUAGUUCCGUCCAUUCGUCCCUCUCUACGCGCCGUUUGGAUAAGGAUGUGCUGGACGUGCUGGAAGAUCUGCAACUCAAUCAGAAGGAACUCAUACAGCAGAUCAGCAACCUGCAGGAGAAUCAAGCAUCGAUUCUCGAGGAACUCAAGGAACUGAAACGUGUGUCGGCGGUUCCAAAGCAUCGCAGUCCCAAAGUGCCGAAAGUAAGUGCAGGCCGACAGCUGACAGACACGACGGAGCUCCUGGAGAUGAUUUUGCUUCAGCUGCCUUACAAAGACAUAUUGCGCUACAUUCGCGUAAGCAAGACUUUCCGAUUGGCCAUUCUUGGGUCCAUUCCGAUCCAGUCUUCGCUAUUCUUCGUACCAGGGACGAACGCUCUAGCAUCAAGUUCUGUCAUGUUGAAUCCCACAAUGAAACAUGAGCAAUUUUACAAGUGCAUCCGGCUGUGGUUUGAUGAUGCGCUCGAUCGCUUGCGGUAUUGCGACCGAGGAGGCCGCAAGGUAUUACAAAUCAAAUCCGCAGAAAUAACGAACGCGAAAUUGCAGGGUCUGCCAGUACUCAGUGUCAAGAUGGAGAUGAUUUCACGACGCUGGGGGUCGCCGGGGCACUUCGAUGCUGGCUCGUGGAAGCGUAUGUAUCUUACACGACAACCCUGCACGGUACAGUGGGAAUUCACACACUGUCUUAAUAUGUACUCGCAUGAGACGGUGAGCGGCUCGGUCGCUGGAUUGUACAAGAUGGAUCAAUUCCUCGAUGCCCUUGCAGAUUCGAUACCCCAGCAUCGCCGUCGGUGA